ACAUUGUUGAAUAAUAUUAUCGAUGUCUCUCACGUUAGAAUUAUUAUCGAUUAUGAAGAAAAAAAGAAGAAUAAAAGAAAUAUUACGAUAUGAGAUAUGUUCAUAUCGGAAGAUAAAAAAAAGUCGACAUCUCAUUCGGUAUAACCUUUUUUAAAAAGAAACAUGGCAUCCGAAUCAAGAUAUUUCCGGUAACGUAAUUCCGUUUAAUUAAAGAGAGAGAGAGAGAGAGAGAGAAAAUAUUGAAAAUAAAAUAAAAAAAAAGAAGAAAAAAACCAGAAAGGAAGAGAAGAGAAAGAAAUAAGAAAAAGUUAAAAUGAACGCAUUCUCUGAAAAUCCAUUUUUUUUCUUUAUGGAUAAUGCUCAUCCAAUAUUCCCUAUGGAUGUUUAUCAAGAUGUCGGCAAAAUAAUUGAAUUAUCGGACACCGGAUGUGACGCAAUAUCUCCUUCGUCUUCGAUUCAACAGAAAAAAGAUCAAAAUCAAUCAUAUUGCGAAAGGAAGACGCCCCGUUGUGAUCCCGUAUCGAAAAAUAUUCAGAAAGUAUUCGAUGAGAAACGAGAAACAAAUCGGGAAGAAUUCCAGAAAAAAAGUAAUAACAGAGGCAAUGUAUCAUCGACAAACAAAACAUCAUCGAGAAAAAUAAAAACGAAAGAAUUUUUAGAGGAAAGAUCUAAUACUAUGGAUCAAGAGAUUAAUGAAAAAAUUGAACAAUGGGAACGAAAUAUCGCUGAUUUUGAAAAUACUCUACUAAGGAGCCAAGGAAAUCUUAUGGAUGAUCUGUCAUCGAACGAGAAAGUCAUUGUUGAUUCUGAUUUAUCAAAUUAUUACCUUAAAAAGGCAAUUAAUCGGAAAAACAAAAGGGAAGAAAACGAGACUCGAAAAAAAGUUUUUGAUUCGUACAAAAAUUCAAAUGAAUCGACAUCUACAACAAGAUUAUCUCAAUCACCUGAUGGCUUGAAUUAUUUAAAAAAUGAUAAUAAUAAAAGAAAACGAAGAAUACCUUCGGCAACACGUUCACCACAAAAAAAGAAAGAAAAUUUCUUGACGAAACCUGUAUUCAAUGAUAACACAGAUGAUAUCAAGAUAAGAACAGAUUUUUCAUUUGUAAAUAAUAAUAACGAAAGUAAUAACGAAAUGUUGAAAGAUUUUAACGAAAAAAUAAGAAAAUCGAUCGAUCGCGCGGUGGACAUAGAUAGUAUUUCGGAUAUGUUCGAUAAUUUUAAUGAAAAUAUAAAAAAUAAAUUUGAAAAUAUUAAUCAAGAAAGAAAUGAUUUUACCUUGAAUAAACAAGAAAAUAUCGAAAGUUUGAAAGAAAAUUUUAAUCAUCAAGAUGUUAAUCGUGAAACAAAUAACAAAACUGAAAGGAGAUCUGAAAGAAGAAAGGGCAGUUCAAAAAGUGCCGAUCGUGAUAGAAUGAAUUAUCGUGGCAAUAUGGCGAAACGUUACGUCAAUAAAAAUUCGAUAAAAUUGGAUGAAAAUAAUUCGGCGGCUAAGAAAAUUCAAGAUAAUGAGUGUUUUAUCGAAAAGAAGAAUUUCAAUAAUGAAAAUAAUAAAACGAAGUCGAGAGUUCUUCCAAAAAGUGCUGGUUCAUAUUCACAAAGAAAAGAAAAUAUUCGAAAGGAAAAAAUUGAAUCGGAAAAGGAAUUAAACACGGUGUUCUCUUUCGACUAUGAUAAUUCCGACGCAUCGAAAAAAUUGAAAGAGAAUAUCAAUGAAAGAUCACCGAUUAAAAAUAUUUCUGGAUAUUCUUUAUCAAGAUCUGUUAGAAAAGAAAAGGAAAAUGACAAGGCGGAUAUUCAAAGAAAAGAUUUAGAAAAAGUAGGCGCUAUUUUUAUUUCCUCGGUUAUGAAAAAAUCUAAAAGAUGGUCGAAUUCGCAGACGACCAAUAACGAAGGUAAAAAUUCGAAAAGCAAUAACGAUCUAAAAGAUAAACUUUAUCAAUUAGAGAAAAACAAGAUCGAAGAAGUUAACAGUGAUCGAACGUCAUCUUUUUCAAAAAUUCAUUCGACGAUUUCAAAUCUUUUAAAAUUAUCCAAUAAAACAGAAAAAUCGAUGAGAUCAAGAAUACCAAUCGCAAUUUCUCGAUUGAAAAAGGAAUUAGGAGAUAAUUUCAAUAAUUCCAAAUUAGAAGAUCGAAGAAGAUCGAGAUCGAAAGUGGUCAUUAGAGAAACUAAUCGACUGAAAGAUAACAAAAUCGAUGAAUCAACGUCGACUGCUCUAAUUUUGGUCGACAAGUCGGAUUGCACGAGAGAUGAUGAUAAUGAAAAAAAUAAUCGAGAAAAAUCUACAUCAGAUUUGUCGAAUAGAAAAUUCGAAAGAGUUCGCAAAAAGAAAAUGGACGUUGAAACGAAGGUUUUCAAAAUGGCAAAAGCUGAAAAAGAGGAAAGGAGAAAAGAAUUUGAGAAAUGUGGUUUACGUGAACCAGUGAAAAAAUUGAAAAAUAGAUCUCAGGAAAUAGUCGAUAUCGCUGUAACGAUACUUGAAAGGAAAUCGAAAGAAGUAAAAACAGAUUCGAAUUCCGACGGCAGACAUCUUGAAGAAGUUUAUUCGAAACCUUAUUCUUUGAGAAGCGGUAUAUAUUCCAGAUACUUUCCUAAUUUUUCAUCCAAAAGUUAUCGAACUUAAUUUUUUUUUUGUUAUUUUCAUGGUAUGACGAAUAUAUAUAUUAAAAAUCAUACUAUUUAUCUUCCCCUUAAAUACAAAUUCGAU